CUUUAAUUACCAUUAACAGAAAUUGAGAAGUAAGCAACAUUGAUAAUUGAUAUAUGUAAAUAAUAUACCUACUUGGUACAGCUAGAUAGCUAGGCCGAGUUUUAAUUAUAUGAUUAUUCUUGGUAAAAACUUUGUUUUAUACCUUGGUUUUCAGUCUUUAAAUAGGAAUAGCCGAACAGCCGUAUCUAUUGCAAGCAUAAUCAUUAGCAUUAGCUGAGUAUUAUAUUAAAAUAUGAGUAAAAAAAGCACAAUUACUCUGCUCGAUGGGCAAGAACUGCGGCGUCUGGCAAAGUUGGUUCACUACCAGGAAGUAGAGAACAUUAAAAACCUCCAAUUCAAGUCGGAAGAAGAUCGGUGCAAAUACCUCAAAGAAAGCAAAGCUGGCUACAAAUCCUCAUUGGCGCUUUUGGAUAACGGUGAGAAAAUAAAAAUUGAUUACAAAAAUGAUGAAACUCGAUCUUCCGUUGCUCAUACCAUCUUCUCCGCUAUGGAAAAGACUGUUAACACUUGUCUCCAGUGCUUCCGCAACUACACCAUGCGAAACAGCCUCCUUAAAAAAGUCACCGAAUAUUCCAAAGAUCUCAUCCAUAAACUGCACAACUUGGAUCCACAGGACACUUCAGGUGUUUUAAAACUAUUGGCUGAUGCAAGGGAAUACGAGAAAGCUAUGGUGGAGUAUGCCACCAAGCAGUCAAAUUUUGUUCUUUCCUCUUUCUCCAACUGACUCAAGAGCGAAAACAUGACUUUCGAGAAUUUACUCAUAAGGUUUAAGAAUAAGCUUAACUUUGAAGGGCCUUUCACGAACCUUGAAGAUGCACAAAAGGUGCAGGUAUACGAGGAAAUCUUGGAGGCAUCAGGGAGGGGAAGAGGUCUGUCAAUAGGGUUCGCAAAAGUUGUUGGGGCUCUAGGAGUGGCCGUACUCGUAGUGACGGCAGGCGUAAUGGUAUGGGACGUCUUCACCUCGGAAAACAAGAUUCAUACGGCGGUAAAGGAAGUUGGGGUUUUCGCAGCAUCGUGGGCGGCUGGGGAGCUUGGGACUAUCGUCGGAACGGCCCUGACCGCGGCGGUAGUGGGGGAGGAAGCAGCUGUGCUUGGGGUGAGUAUAGUGGCGGUGGGAGGAAUCAUUGGUAGCCUUGCCGUCGGUGUUAUUAUUGGCUUGUUUGCCGGGUGGCUGAUUGAUUUGCUGUUUAGCACAGGGAAAGAGUCCCACGUCACCAAGCAUACCACCCUAUCUCUACCUUGCUACGUUGCCCCUAUGCCCGAUGGCAAGGCUUUGGCUUAUCACAUUGCUCACAAAAGGUCAGCCUAAGUGAGUACGUACAAGCUAGUCUCUCUCAGCUCUGCCUCAGCCACCCCAUUAAUCUCUCUUUAUAUCUACUAUGUCUAUGUGUGUAUGUAUGCAUGCUAUAUAUUGUGCUGGAUGUCUUAUAUUUAUAUAGUAAUCAGAAUAUUUUAAAAAUGUCAUAUAUUUGGGUAUCGUGAUAUGUAUAAAUUAAGUGAUGGUUAUGAAUAAAUUCAGUUUGGUUCCGCUUA